GAGCAGUAACGCCUCGCGUCCACUGCGCAUGUCAGUAAUUCCGUCUGUGUUUUGAGUUUAUGUAUGUGCGUCUGCGUGUGUGUUCUUUCCCACACGAGUUUACUGCAAUUCCGAAUUCUCACAACCACCGCCAGAAUGGCAGCUGCACCCCCGAACCCAGAUGACUCUAGUCGGGGUAGUAGCGGUAGCAGCACGCCCAGCGUCCUUGUCGGGGACGGGGAUACGGAAGAGGCCGAGGAUUUCACCUCCUCCUCCCACUGCACAGAGCUGUCUCGGCGGCAGAACGAACAGAGGAAGCAGGGAUUGUUCUGCGACGUGACGCUGGCCUUCAGCAGUGGGGCGGCAACCGGGAAUGUUCAGAGCUGUGAGUUUUCCGCUCACCGUUCUGUACUGGCCGCGGCUACGGACUAUUUCACGCCGUUACUGGGAGGGCAGUUCUCCGAGUCGCUGUCGGGUCGGGUUGAGAUGAAGGAAUGGAGCGCUGAAUUGGGACCAGACCCGGAGACGGUGGAGAGUGUCAUUCAGUACAUGUACACGGGAGAAAUACGUGUGAGCACCUGCAAUGUGCAUGAAGUGUUAGAGCUUGCUGACAGGUUCCUGCUGCUGCAUCUGAAGGAGUUCUGUGGGGAGUUCUUGAAGAAGAAGCUGAGCCUGGCCAACUGUGUGGCGGUGCACAGCCUGGCCCACAUGUACACCCUGGACCAGCUGGCUCUGCGGGCCGCAGACAUGAUCCGACGCAAUUUCCACAAGGUCAUCCAGGAUGAGGAGUUCUACACCCUGCCCUUCCACCUGGUGAGGGACUGGCUGUCUGACGCAGAGAUCACCGUGGACGCGGAAGAGGUGCUGUUUGAGGCUGUGGUGAAGUGGGUCCAGAGGAACACAGAACAGCGGGGGAGGUACUUUGAGGAGUUGUUCCGUCUCCUCCGGCUACCCCAGAUUAAGCCCACCUUUCUGACGCGCGUGGUGAAGAACGAGGCACUGGUGGCGGCCAGCGAGGCCUGUCUCCGCCUGGUGUCCGAUGCCGUGGAGGGCCACGCCAUCCGCUGUGAGAACCUCAAGUCAGCUGACCUGGAGUUCUGGUCGUCCUACAUGGCCUCCUUCCAGCCGCGCUUCGGCCAGAACAUGGACGUGAUCAUGGUGGUGGGCGGGGUGUCGGAGGGGGGUGACUACCUGAGUGAAUGUGUGGGUUACUUCAUCUACGAGGACCGCUGGGUUAACCUGCCCCACAUCCACAACCACCUGGACGGCCAUGCCAUCGCCACCACAGAGUCCCACAUCUACGUAGCGGGAUCCAUGGAACCGGGCUUCGCCAAGACCGUGGAGCGCUAUAACCCCAACCGCAACACCUGGGAACAGGUGAGCAACCUGACCACACGUAAACACUCCUUUGGUCUCACCUGUAUCAAAGACAUCCUGUACAGCAUCGGUGGCCACGGCAACUUCAGCCCCGGCUUCAAGGACGUGAGCGUGUACGAGCCUGAGCCGGACAAGUGGCACAACCUGGAGUCGGCGCCCAAGAUCCUGCGGGACGUGAAGGCGGUGAGCGUGGAGGACCGCUACGUAUACGUGACGGCGCGCACGCCGGUGGACACGGACAACGAGGACGGGCUGAAGACGGUCACCACGCGUUACGACACAGAGAGCCGCCAGUGGCAGGACGUGGACUCCCUGCCGCUCAUAGACAACUACUGUGUGUUCCAGAUGGCCGUGGCCCCCACCAACUUCUACCACACGGCCUCCUGCUGCCCUAAGAGCUACACGGUGCGGGACGAGGCCGCCAAGCAGAAGAUCAGCGCCCACAUCUCAGACGAGAUCCUGGAGAGCUUGCCGCCCGAGGUCACCAGCAUCGAGGGCGCCGCCAUCUGCCACUUCGAUGAGGACGUCUUUGUGAUCGGCGGCUGGAAGAACAGCGACGACGUGGACAAGCAGUACCGCAAAGAGGCCUACCGCUACUCUGCCGAAAGGAAGCGCUGGAUGCUACUGCCGCCCAUGCCCCAGCCGCGCUGCCGCGCCACCGCCUGCCACGUGCGAAUCCCCUACCGCUUCCUGUACGGCUGCCAGCGCUACCCCAUGCCCCAGAACCUGGCCCGCCAGCGGGACCGCAUGCAGCAGAUGCAGCAGCUACACCGGCGCACCCUCACCCUGCGCAGGCAGCUACAGUCUCAGAUCGAGUGCUGAGCUAUCGCAACCCCUGUCUGUCCAUCACAUCCGCCCCAGAGGGGGAGCAGCCCAGUCCAGCUCCAAGCCCCAAACAUCCCCUGGCAGCCAUCGUCAUCAACCCCCACCCAUAACCUGCUGGAGCAGUGGCUCCUAUGUUGCUCUCAUGCUGGUUCUUUGUCAAGAGAACUCUGUGCCAGAUCAUCAGGUUGAGAUAUUGGUGUUAGUAGUGACUGUGGUGUUCAAGGCUGGGAGGUGUGGGAGUGAUGUGACUCUGACCAGGUGUUUGUCUAUGUGGGGAGGACAGGCUGAAUGUUACAAUUGUGAAUAGUGUUGUACAGUGACCAACAUCGGACUACACUACGUAUGUACGUCAGGCACAGGUGAUGUUUGUCUUUUUAUACAUGCAUAUAGUUGUAUAUGUAUACUUUUAUUAUAUAUAAAUAUUUUGUGUCCCCCUACCAGUCAGUCGGACCAAACCCUUACCAAUGCCUGAUGGCUUUGCUGUGCUUUAUAUUAGCUUCCUCUGAAUGGCUCUGCUUCUUGUUAUUAUGGCUUUGAUACAGUAGCUCAACAUGAAUGAAAGGAGAAUAGUCUCAUUCAUAUUUAUUAUCAGAUCUACGGUCCAAGAGUGGACAACUUGCGACAGAGCCUGGACUCGAACCCAGAAUCUCUAGUGGCACGGCUAGCAGUGCGAUGCAGUGCCUUAGACCACAGCACCACUCGGGAGGCCCCUUAAGGAAACAGUCUUAACAUGGUAACAUUCCAUUGAUCAUUUUGAAAUUCCAUCAACCAUUGAAUUAUUCUUCAGUCUUCUGCUCGUCACAUUCCUGUUGGUAGGAAACAUUGUGUAGAAGGACUUAGGUGAGAGUUUGUGAAUGUUUCUCUUCUUAUUUUGUCUGCAUUGGUUUUAUUGAGUUUAAUGGCUGGAGGGGUGUAGUUCCAGUGGAGGACUUGAUAAUGUGUUUGUCUUGAGUAGGGUAAGAAUGCUUGGCAAAGCUGGUGAAAAGCAUGCCUAGUAGUGCACUUGUCUACCGCUAAUCAGUUAGUAAUAUUUAUGUCAGAGUGGGUUUACCUGUCAUAUUUGGCCAAUUUUUCUUAUUUUUUCUUUUAAUCUAUAAUUUAAUCCAACUCCAGCCGAUAAUCUAUUCUGUUCCCAUGUGAGAAAAUAUGUACACUGCAGUGAUUUGCUUAGUAAUCGAAAAUGAAUGUGAAGUGUGAGGGAGCCCUGUUGCUGUACCUCAGGCUUAUUCGGGGGUUCAUCUGAGAGAUCCGGCCACAUUGUUACAUGUUCUCCUCACCCUCCAAAGACAGUCAGAUGUAUAGACCAGUGGUUCCCAACCAGGGGAACUAAGACCCCUGGGGGGUACUUGGCCUAUCCACAGUGGGUAUUUGAAAAGACUGAGUCCAUAGGGUUAGUGGUAAAAUGUACAUGAGGGAGGGGUACUCCGGGCAGAGCAAAAUUCAGUUGGUGGUACGGUAACCAAAAAAGGUUGUGAACCACUGGUAUGGACUAGAGAGUAUCCUUAUGUUACUGAGCGGAAUGACCAUAUCAAGGUGAAUGUGUUGCCAUUGAGUUCAAGAGUUCAUUGAUUGUUAUAAGCACUAUCCCUGAAGCUAAUUUAUAACAUAAAGCACUAUGAUUUUGAGAAUGCAAUGAAAGUGUAUUUCCUCAGUUUUGUUUCUCUUGCAUAGCAUUUGAAAUAAUAUUAUUGGCAUAUGUCGGCAAUAUAUAUUUUGCUUUGCAUGUGGCAGUCUGGCAUUGUGUCAAUAUAUUGGAUGUAAUUUUUUUUUUUGCUGAUGUCAUCAUUUGCAAUUAAAAUGUCAAUUUUUUUUAUAUAA